AUGCCGCACACUCGCCCUGAUAUCCCCCCGUUGAAGGAUCUCACAACAGAGAACAUCACUGGGAAUGUCGUGGCCAUAAACUCUACUUGCAAGGACGCUAGAACUCGGUUCCUCUUCGAGAGGCUCGCCCAUCACCUGCAUGACUUUGCGCGAGAGACUCGCCUAAGCACUACCGAGUGGGAGACAGCCAUCCAGUUUCUCACAAGCACUGGCAAGAUUUGCAGCGACACCCGGCAGGAGUUCAUUCUCCUCUCGGAUGUCCUGGGCCUGUCUCUACUGGUUGACGACAUCGAUCACCCUAAGCCACCUUCGUCGACCCAGGGAACUGUUCUCGGUCCGUUCCACGCCCAUGGAGCUGAAAACGUGGACUCUGGUGAGACGAUAUCUCACGAUCCCGAGGGAGAACCCCUCUUGGUUGUGUGUUCAGUAAAAGACUCCCAGGGGAACCCGCUAGCAGGUGUCGAGAUUGAUGUCUGGGAGACCGACUCCAAGGGCUUCUACGAUGUGCAAUAUGCAGAUCGCGAAGGCUUUGACAACCGGGCAGUGCUCCACAGCGACCAGCAAGGCAAGUUUCACUUCAAGGCCAUUGUACCCGUCCCCUACCCUAUUCCCGACGACGGGCCGGUGGGCCAGCUCCUCAAGCUUCUUAAUCGGCAUCCCUACCGGCCAAGCCACAUGCACUUUAAAUUCAACAAGCCUGGUUACGACCCCUUGAUAACGGCACUGUAUCUCCGGGGUGACCCGUACGAGGACUCCGAUGCCGUCUUUGGCGUCAAGGAAUCUCUGAUCGUGGAGUUAACAAAGGUCUCCGAGACACCGGGGUUUGCCCAGGAAUAUGGAGUAUCUGAGGAUACGAAACUGCUCCAAUACGACUUUGUUCUCGUCUCAGAGAGCGAGGUGGCGGCCCUGCGGCAUGCAGAGGCACUCAAGGCAGCUGGCGCACUCGGGGCUGGUUUGAAGGUAGUGGAUGGGACGCUGUUAAACUAG